AUGUUUGUAAAGAGAGAAAUGUUUGACAUAACACCUCCAGGAGGAAGUAAACGGGCUACCCGGUUGACAGUGGCUACUGCCAUCGGGAUAUGGGUACUGGCGGCUGCCCUCGCUACGCCUGCUUACAUAGGCUCCUAUCUACGUGCGUUUGUCGUUAACCCUACAAAACAGUUUCUCGUGUGCUACCCAUAUCCUCAAGAAUGGGGGGAGUCGUACGCUCGGACAAUGGUGCUGAUGAGAUUUUUGAUAUACUACUCCCUUCCCCUCGCCGUCAUCGCUCUAUUCUACGUGUUAAUGGCCCGACACCUAGUGUUGAGCACGCAGAACGUGCCUGGAGAGAUGCAAGGAACGCAACGUCAGAUGCGAGCUAGAAGAAAAGUAGCACUGACUGUGCUAGCCUUUGUGCUAGUAUUCGCAGCUUGUUUCUUGCCGUCACAUGUAUUCAUGAUGUGGUUUUAUUAUUGUCCCACUGCACAGGACGACUACAAUCCCUGGUGGCACGGCUUUCGGAUCGUUGGGUUCUGCUUUUCCUUCCUGAACAGUUGCGUCAACCCCAUCGCUCUCUACUGCACUAGCGGUAUAUUUAGGAAACACUUUAACAGAUAUCUUCUCUGCCGUAGUGUUUCUACGCCCGGGACUCGCGGGUCACUUUCAUUGUCAACAUCAAGACGCCUACAUUCUAGCCGUAAAACUAAUAUCAGUAUGGUGCCAAGAACAACAAGCGUAGGACGUGACAGCAGCAUUCGCCUUUUGAACAACGGCUCUUCGAAUCUC